AUGGUCUCAGCCAAGCCAACUGACAAAUUAUUUGUCUGUCCUGAAUGCCAAAAAGGCAACUUCAAAAGUCUCGGUGCUGUCAAGGUUCAUUUCGAGGCCAAGGGCCACCCACUUAGAUGUACGCCAUGUGACCGAUCUUUUGAUGCUAUCAUGGGGUUGCUGUUGCACUCUCUGAAACAUGAGGCGACGGCACCUUCCACUUCCAUGAAAACAGAGCCGGCGUCAAAGUGCAACCAGAAAAAGGAGAAGAGCAAUGAUCAUCCUAAGCCUGUGGAUGUAAUCCCUAAGCGUACCCAUUUGAAAGAUCAAACAAAACAUGAGACAAAAGACCUCAAAAAAGAGAAAUUCAAGGAUCACACCAAGCCUAUGGAUUCAAUUUCAAAGCAUUCGUCAAAUCAGCUUCAGCAACCGCAGAAACAGGAGAAAUCACCAAGUCACCCUGAUUCCAAGCUAAGCAAAUUAAAACUGAAACAUACUCAAAAAUUUGUGAAGGCUCAGGAUCAGUCACACCUUAUGUCUGUGAAGCCAAUGGAAACAAUGUCGAACUCAACGUCAGCACAAUCUCAACCUCCUCAGAAGAACGGGAAAGUGAAGGCAAAAGAUCGCUCGAAGCCAAUGCCUGUCCAGCCAGCCGAAAUACUAAACCGCACGCGCAGACAGUCACCCUUGCGUUCCGUUUUCUCAGGGCAUACCAAGUCGGGUGAUGUGCAUUCGUUCAGCUUCGGCGAUACACUUCUUGAUACUCCUGAACGUGAAGCCUCUCAGCCCUCGAACCAAACUUCUACUCAAAAUCAGAAUGAAAACUAUCAUGUCGUCCUUGAACCACUGGAACAGAAUCUGAUCUUUCGCUACCUGUCGGCACGUUGUCAUUCAGAUACCCGGCUGGCUAAAUUCGGCUAUACCUUUCAACCUAAUAUAAAUGAAAGUCACAAGCGCCCGUCUAAGCAAUGUCCUAUUAAGAGGGGCCUUUUCCGAGAAGUACCUCGAUUUUCCACAGACAAUUUCCCGAAAAGGCGAGCAAUUGUCAUUGACUGCGAGAUGGUACAAGUCGAGGAGGGGCGGCGGGAGCUUGCAUUCUUGACCGCAAUUGACUUCUUGACCGGGGAGGUGCUCAUUGACAAUUAUGUGCAACCGAAAACGAAAGUGGUGAACUGGGAUUCUCGAUUCAGCGGCGUGACUCCUAGUGCCAUGAACAAGGCUGUCAAGAAAGGAACAGCACUAAAAGGCUGGGAAGGAGCACGUGAAAGGCUCUGGCAGUUCAUGAAUAGCGAGACGGUCCUCAUUGGUCAUUCUCUCAACAAUGAUCUCGAUGUUCUGGGCGUCAUUCACUGGAACAUCGUCGACUCGGCCAUUUUUACCAGUGAAGCGGUGUUCCUCCAUCUUCACUCGAACCAGCAACUCACCCGCACAUGGAGCCUGAAGACCCUCACUAGUGAGCUAGUCAACUACGACAUCCAAGUCGGCCAACGCGGCCACAGUGCCCUCGAGGAUGCGCACGCAACACGCGAUGUCGUGGUAUGGUGUCUUCGAUACCCGGAGCUCUUGAAGGUUUGGGCAGAUCGUGCCAGGGAAGAAGAGGCCGUGCGCGCACUCGAGAGGGAGUUAAAGAAAACAACGGACAAAGAACAGCUGGAGGACAAGAGAAGAUUGGAAAUGGAGUCCAGAUUCCAGGCACUGUCCCAAGGCCUUGGUGGUAUGGUUGUUACUGAACCUGACUCUGCUGAUGACCUUGAUGGCCCAUUGCAUGAAGUAUCUACUGGAUACGUUGCGGUUCAAUCGGUCGAAUACUUUUGA